AUGUCUUUCGAUCCAUUCGAAAUCCGAAUUCAAUUCUUACAAUUGUUAAAAAGAUUGAACGCUUCACAACAGAGUAUACAUAAAGUAGUUGGGUUCGCAGUAAAGUAUGGAUCUAGAUGUGGGGAAGAUUUAUGGGAAUGUGUUAUGGAAGAAUGUUCCAAGGCUUCUCUCAAUACUCGUAUCAAUAUUCUUUACCUACUAGACUCUCUUUUCGACGCUUGUCUUUCUAUAGGACCACCUGACGCACCUUAUCUCAAACACGUUUCUGAGGAUUUAAGUAGAGUAGUUGAAAAUGUCGUUCCUGCUACUAGAGAAGGUAUCUUGAAUUUAAAAGCUGCUAAGCAAAUCCUCGAAUCAUGGCGUCUUCGAAGAAUCUUAGAUCCCAAUAUCAUAGAUGCUUCAUUAGAGAAAUUAGAAAAGCAUAGGUUUGUAGAGAUUGAAGAAAAGAAACGAUCACAUGAACAAGCUUUUUCAAAGAAUGAUAUUUUGAGAAGAAUGGAGGAAGAUAGAGAAAGACAUAAACGUCUAAGAGAACGUAUAUGGAUAUUACCAAUCCCACCACUACUUGAAGAAAAGGAUAGAACGAAGGGAAUGGAUCCUUUAAAUGUUGAAUUUGAUCAAUUAUGGGAAAACGUUAGUGAUUUAGAUGAAGAUGAUUUGGAAAAGAUGAAAGAGUGA